CUAAAGAGAGAGAGGGAGAGAGAGGAAUCGUAAUUGCCCUAUCGGCACCCCGAAAAUAGAAAUACUCUCUUUUUGUGAGACGAUUUGGGUAAAAAAAAAGAAAAAAGAAAAAAAGAGAAAAGCAGCCGAGCCGAGGCAGAGGACGGAGCGGAGCUGGAUGCAGCGCCGGAUGAGAGGGGGUUUGCGCUCGGAUCGCUGCACACGUUCAGGACAGAAACCGGCUGAAGAGGAGGAGAAGGUGGAAAGGACAAUGCUGUUCCGUGUGGGGAAAACGAGUCUCCGCUCAUAGGUGGAUGCUGCACCGAUUUUCCCAACAUCUCCAUUCACCAGCGGGCGUUUCUAGAUCGCUGACAUCGUGGUUAGGACGCAGCAUCUCCCUCAGCUUCAGGGAUCCAUCCUAGCGCACUUACAUUGUCUCACACCCGCUCACUGACCAGCAUCUGGUACAGGCCGCUCCAUUUUUUUAUUUUUUAUUUUUUAAAGCUUCUCUUUUUAGACAUUUGUGUUUUGGGACUGAUUUUUGAAGCGCUUCUCUGGGUGUGACGGUCUUUUGCAUUUUUUGUUGGCCGCCGCAUGAAUUCUCCCACCGGAUCCUCGUCGGUGUACGCUCCUGCUGCUGCUCCUGUCUUCCUCCUCCUCCUCCUCUUCCUCCACCUCCUCCGGCCGACUCUCGCAGAGGGCACUACCCUCCUCCCUGCCACCAAAGACAUUUUGAUCCCCGGUUCCCCCCACCCGGACAUCACUCCGCCUGCCUCCCCGUCCACCACCACCACCACCACCACCACCACCACCUCCUCUUCCUCCUCCUCCUCCUCCUCCUCCUCCUCCUCCUCCUCCUCCUCCUCCUCCUGCGUAACAUGUCGGGACAGUCUCUGACGGACCGGAUCGCCGCGGCGCAGCACAGCAUGACCGGGUCUGCCAUCAGCAAAGCCGUCUGCAAGGCCACGACGCAUGAAGUCAGCGGACCCAAGAAGAAACACCUUGACUACCUGAUUCACUGCACCAAUGAGCUGAACGUCAGCAUCCCCCACCUGGCAGACACGCUGCUGGAGCGCACAGCCAGCAACAGCUGGAUCGUGGUUUUCAAAGCGCUCAUCACCACACACCACCUCAUGAUGUACGGCAGCGAGAGAUUGAUGCAGUACCUCGCCUCCAGAAACACGCUCUUCAACCUCAACAACUUUCUAGAUAAGGCUGCAUUACAAGGAUACAACAUGUCCACUUUCAUCAGACGCUACAGCCGCUACCUGAAUGAAAAAGCCAUGUCCUACAGACUAGCAGCAGUGGACUUCACAAAGAUGAAGCGAGGGGCUGAUGGCGUGAUGCGCACCAUGAACACAGAGAAGCUGAUCAAGACUCUGCCCAUCAUUCAGAACCAGCUAGAUUCACUGCUGGACUUCCAGCCCAACUCCAACGAGCUGACUAACGGGGUGAUCAACACCGCCUUCAUGCUGCUGUUUAAAGACUCCAUACGGUUGUUUGCUGCCUACAACGAGGGCGUCAUCAACAUGUUGGAGAAAUACUUUGACAUGAAGAAGAACCAGUGCAAAGAAGCGUUGGAGAUCUACAAGACCUUCCUCGACAGGAUGACCAGACUGUCUGAGUUCCUCAAAGUAGCGGAGCGAGUUGGGAUAGAUCAGGGCGACAGCCCCGAUCUCACACAGGCUCCCACCUCUCUCCUGGACGCCCUGGAACAGCACCUAGCUUCUCUGGAGGGCAGGAAGCUCAAGGAUCUGUCCAGCGCUAGCAGAUCCAGCACCUUGUCUAGCACAGUUUCAUCUCUGUCCAGUGCAGGGAUUUCUCUCAGUCGUAUGGAAGACAAGACAGAGGACAACCGCCUGCAGCAACUCAAGGAGGACAGUCAUAAGGUGCUUGACAUCCAGACGCCCACCGUCUCCCCCAGCGCCCAGUCGGUGGGCAGUGCCAACAGCAGCGGAGGGGCCGCGGAUCUCUUCAACUCGCCAAUCGUUCCCAUCAACAACCAUGUGCCAAACCUGACCACUGAGCUGUUCACCCUGCAGCCCAACUUCACCCCCAUCCAGACCACACACACUGUGUCCAAUAAUAACAAUGCCUGGGGAGGUGACCUCCUAAAGCCAUCCCCACCUACUCAGAUCCAUAGCCCGGGAGCCCCAUUGCACUCUGGGAAAAUGUUGCCCAGCGAUUUGGACUCCUCGUUAGCAAACCUCGUCGGCAACCUGCAGUUUGGGGGGACGCCAGCUAAAAAGCCAGAGUUCCAGUGGAGUCAGCUGGUGGAGAAAAAGCCCACAGGAGGAAAUGGUUGGCAGUCAAAAACCAUGUGCACCAGCACCAACUGGACCCACGCCACCCAUCCGAUGGCUCCUGCACCCAUGCCCGUCCCUCAGAUGAAUGGGAUGAUCUAUACUGGAUAUGCUCCAGCACCAGUGGCUUUUCCUAUGACGACACCCCAAGUGCCUGUGUACGGAAUGCUCCCUCCUCAGAUGAGCCAUCAGAUGGGGGGUGUUCCCAUGAUUCCUGCGCAGCCUGUCAUGUAUAACCAGCCUGUCUUGAGACCCACCAAUCCUUUUGGACACAUCCCGGGAACACAGAUGCACUUCAUGUAGGGAUGAUACUGUAACCAUGGCAGCAAAGCUGAGAAUAAAGAGAUGGAUUGAAAGUGUUGCCGGCGAACGCUAAUCCAGUGAAGGAGGAAGAGAGAAGAGGACAGAGAGGGAAAGGGAGGAGAGAGGACCAGAGGAUGGAUAAAAGAUGAAAUGCCGAUGUCAGUUUAAUGUCAUCUGAUCCUCUAAUCUCCUCUCCUCACUCCAUGUCGCUACUGAUCUCUCUGUGUUUGAACCUACAAGUACGGAGCUUUAGCACCAUAAGCUCUGCACCAGUCCAACUCAUCUUUUGUUUGAUUUGCCACUUCAAAUGGCAAUUACAACCUGUCUUGACGCUAUGGAGACUGACAGCUAUCUGGAAGUUCUGAAGACAUAUUACCACCUCACUCCCAUCAUUUCUUGUAUAAAGGCUUACUCCCAUUUUUCUCCAUCUCAAAACUGAAUCAUACUUGGAGGAAGCACGUCUCUUUCUUUGACUGGAUGGUUUUCUGGCACUUUACUAAAUGUGAAAUUUGCCAAGUGUGUUUUUCUUUGUGGGUCAUUCAGAUUGGUUCCUGGUCGCAAGUCAUCCAUCGCCUGAUGUCAAGCGUUUUUGACUGGAAUGCGUGUGUGAGUGUCCUUAUUUCGCUCUUUUUCAGCGUGCUGCGUCGACAGAAUUGUUUCUCCUUACGAAGUCCGUUUGUUGUUAAAUGCAUAAAGCAAUGAUUUGUGAGCACGCGUGUGUGACUAUAGAUGGAUGUCGUCGUCUUGGGUGUGACCUGUCUCUUUCGGUACCUGAUGUCAUUACUGUGUUGCCGGGUGCCAACGUGUUACUGCACUGGAACCAACCGAUGAAAGCACUGAGCCAGAACCAGUUAUAGCGUUUGGAUGUAAACAAACCUUUCACACUAAAUUUACUACUUGGGGAUGUGCUGUACACACUGUGUAAUUUUUGGGGUUCUUUUGGUUUUUCGGUUUGUUUGUUUGUUUUUUUUCCCUCUGCAGCUGUGCAAUAUUGUGUACUCUCAUUACUGUCUUUUUCACAUAUCUGUAGCCUGUUUAGAAGCUUUAUUCUGCUGUAGUGAUGUACUUUUUGGGUGUCCACAUCAGGUUUCUGUACAGAAUGUUCUUUUUACUUUUUCUGGUUGUUUUAUAACCUGCUCUUGUUGCACCCCGUACUGCUCGAAAAGUUGUGAAAAGUGCACUGAGAGCCAGAUAGAGGUGGGCAACUGUUUGUCUCAGUCUAGCCAAUCAGAAGUGCUAUGAUUUGCUUCCUGUUGUGAGCCUUUGUCCUGUCCCGAAUUAGUCUCCCACCCCCACCCCCACCCCCCCGACCAAAACCACAGAAAAAAAACUGUAUUUGGGAAAUUACUAUGCCACAUGUCCAACCUCUACUUGGAAGAUCCCAGAAAGGUUUGUUCAUCUAGUCUGAAUAUGUAUGGACGGGACAGCUAAAGGUCAUUGAGAGAAGUCCAACAAAUGCUAGACCAUCAGAGGGUAAUGUCUUUCCAUCACGACCCUGGUAAUGCCUGCAGUCAGCGCAUACUGAUUAGUUCAGACAGCCGGAAAACAGUUGGCUUUAACGAGGCAUUAAACAUUAAUGUGGAUUUUCUAGCAGAUCCAAGGUCAAGUCGGACCCACAGUCCACUGAUAUACGUAUAUAUACAUACAUACUUAUAUAUAUAUAUCUAUAUAUAGAUAUAUAUAGCACAAACCUGUGGAGAGGGGAUAAUGCUUCGCUGCACAAAAACCUAAAACCAUUGCUGGGAUGUACAGUUGAAAGGGGCAAUAAUUGAUUGGGGACAAAGUCGUUUUCUAUUGUGUCAGUUGUAUGUACAUGUACUGUAUGUGUGUUUGUGUGCUCACGCCUUCACAUGAUAACAGGGUCAUGUUCCUCGGUUAGAGAUGGAAGGUCUUUAAGCGAGUAGGUAGCAUGUACUAACUUAGCAUUGGGUGUUUUUGUGACCGUGUCCGAGUCUGUACAACACAAGUUAAGGUGGCGUCAGCAUCCCGCAUCUGCUGAGAAACACAAGCAAGCUUGGAGUGGAUCCGAGUCUGAAGGCGAGCCUCCUCCAACACGAGCCGGCGACGCCCAACACAACUCUCCUGAGAAACUGCAACUACGAGCCGGAGGAUUGUUGCGAUUCUCAGUUGAACGAUAACCGGGUUGGCGACGCCAAUACCAGGCGACUCCACCGUCAGCAGACGUCUGUGGUGGGAGUCAUUAGUCGGGCAGAUAUUCUCUCAGAUUCCACCUCCAUUGAGCCUUGUUCCAAUAGUCUGUCUUUCUUUGUCCGCUGAAUGCUUGCGUCAUUGAGCAUCUCAGUCCCACUACGCAACUCAAUCCAUCCUGGGCCAACCUCUGACUGUUACCGUGUCCCCACUGUAUAUAGGUAAUGCUGUUCAUGUGUUUUUAGACGUACUCUCUGUAAAGUGAUCGAAGCCCCAUUGGAUGACUUACUGUACGUGGGACAAUUUAUUGCUGUAUCUGUGUUUGAAUGGUUGUAUUUUGAAGGUGUCAUCAUC